UUAAAGAGUGAGUCUUGGGGAUGUUUCCAGGGGGGGAAAUGGAGGAAAUUUUGUUUGAAAUGAAGCCAAGGAAAAGGGUUCCAAUGAAGGUCUGGUUAACUGCUCAAAGUUCAAUGGGUCUCCUCGUGGGUGGGAAUCACACAUCCUCCAGGUUUUGUACUCGCUAAAUUUCUUUUCUUGCUUUGUGUUGGGUUCAAUUUCUCUUGAUUUCUCAUUUUAGUUGAUAAAAAACUACGAUCUUUCUUUGAUCAAAGAUUGGAUCUGUCUUGCUAUUACUG